CUUUGUGUCUCCCUCGCAGAAGCCAGCCUCGGAGGAGCCGGAGGGGAGAGGCGGAGCUGAGCGCCGCAGGGCUGGAUGGCCCUGGCAGAGGGCGGCUGGUGCUUGCUGAAGCGCUGCGGGCCCGACGCGCCCCCGGGCCGGGAGCUGCCUUCGCCCCCGUCGCCGUCCGGCUACUCCCCGUCGCGGACCGCCAAGCCCGAGAGCCUGGCCGAGGGAAGGGCCCUGCGCGGCCCCUUUGUCUCUUUGGCGUCCGCGCCGUCCAGCCUGCCCAGCUGGGAGGACCUGCUGCUCUUCGCCGACCUGGAUCAGGCCAACAAGCUGCUGUGGUCCAGCCGCGCAUCGGCCAAGCUGAGCCCGGAGCCGGGCCCGCCGCCGCCGCAGCCGCCGGUCGAGGACAUGUACCACCCUCACCAGAGCCUGCCCGGCGGCGCCUACGAGGGCCCUGCGCCCCCCGGCUUCGCCUCCCCUGCCGCCGCCGGCUCGCCUGUCUACGUGCCCACCACCCGCGUGGGCUCCAUGCUGCCCUACCUGCAGAGCCCCGCCGGGACGGGCCAAGGGGGACCGCAGCCAGCCUGGCCGCCGCCGCCCGCCCCCGAGAGCCCUUCGUCCGUCUACAGCGGGGGCUGCGCUGCCGGUCGCUUCGCCUACUCGGCCGGGAGCCCCUCGCCCGCCCACAGCGGCGCCGCCCGCGACCCGGCAGCAGCCUACAAUCCCCGCGAGCAGUUCCGGCCCCUGAACGGAUCCUACUACGGGCCCUACGUCGGUGCUCAGCUCGGGCCCCCCAGCUGGCCCGCCGGCCCCUUCGACAACUCCGUGCUCCACUGCCUGCCCAGCCGGCCGCCCCUCGCCGUGCGCCCCUCCAGUGCAGACCUCCUAGACGAUCUGUCCGAAAGCCGGGAAUGUGUCAAUUGUGGCUCCAUCCAGACCCCCUUGUGGAGAAGGGACGGCACUGGCAACUAUUUAUGCAAUGCCUGUGGACUGUAUACCAAGAUGAAUGGCCUCAGCAGACCCCUCAUCAAGCCCCAGAAGAGAGUGCCUUCUUCAAGACGACUGGGUUUGUCUUGUGCCAACUGUCACACUACAACCACCACCCUCUGGCGCAGGAAUGCAGAAGGAGAGCCUGUUUGCAAUGCUUGUGGCCUCUAUAUGAAACUUCAUGGGGUGCCUCGACCCCUUGCUAUGAAAAAAGAGGGAAUUCAAACCAGGAAACGGAAACCAAAGAACAUAUCUAAGACAAAGUCAUGCUCUGGUAAUAAUAGCAAUAAUGCAGUUCCUAUGACUCCAACUUCCACGUCUUCGACGAACUCAGAUGACUGUAGCAAAAAUGCUUCCCCUAGUACACAAACCACAGCCUCAGGGGCAGUCUCUUCAGUGAUGCCCAGCCGAGGAGAGAGCGCCAGUCCUGAGACUAGCACACUCAAAUACUCAGGUCAGGAGGGGUUAUAUUCAGGAGUCAGCCUGACCUCUACUGCAGAAGUUACAGCCUCCGUGAGACAAGAUUCCUGGUGCGCCUUGGCACUAGCAUGAAUUGGUGGUGAUAGAGAUGGAUACUUACACUGGGCUGCAACCUGUAGUUGGCUACCCUUUGCAUUGUGUAUUUUCUUUUAUCAAGCAGACCAAGAAGCAAUGAAAGUGCUGGCAGGGAUAUUCCUUACAAGUUGUCCUGGUGCCUUGAUUCUAAAGGUGUUUACUCUCAAGGUCUUGUUUGAUUGCCCACAUCCUCAACUAUGCAACAGAAUCAAGGGAACUUAAGCCACUUCUGUUAGUUCCACCACCACCAGGGGUGCCUUUCUGCACUAUUGAUAACCCCCUGAAGUAAAUCUUCACCACAGCUACCAGUGCUGCCUUAUGUAUUUGAGGAUUAUGAUGUAUUUGUGUCACUUCCACUCAACUGACGUUCAGGAUCUCAUCGGUGUUGACAUUUCUUGUGGGCAAAAGCUUUCAUUGUCAGGGAGAGUGUGACACAGAACAAGCAAUGAGUGUGUGGCUCAUUCCAACAUGUGCAUCAUGAAACUUGAGAAGUCGAUGUGUUCUCCUUUCCCAAGUCAGUGUGUUCCAGCUACAGGCUUCUCCUCACAGCAUGCCCACGUUUCUGAAUAGCUUUUUAAAAAACGAAACAGAUUUCAGUCUCGCCCAACAAAGUAAAUCAUAUUUGGUACACCCUUCUCAAGUUAGGACUGGCCACUAGAACUUUUGUUUAAAGUAUUUGCAAGGCUGCAUUAUAGCUUUUCACAUGUACUGUGAUGGAGGUUGAUGGAGUUUCCUAUAUGGUGACUGAACUAUACACAGUCAGAAAUCGUCAACAGGGUAGCAUUCAGAUUUUUCUCCCUUCCCUGCAUUCAAUAAUUUUUUAUAUAAAAGUGCAAUUUGUGUUGCAGCAAUCAGUGUUAAAUCGUAAGCAUAAGAUUUAACAGUUUUUAUAUGAAUGAAUGGAAUGAAUGUAAACGUUUUAACUUAAUGGUACGUAAAUAAUUUAAAAGAAAAGUUAGGCAUCCCUGUAGGGUUUUUUAUUGCAACAAAGAUGUUCUACUUCUGUGUUACUGAUUAUUAAAACAAAAGUUUCAAGAACAAAUAUUUUCUCAGGAAAAUUGACCCUAAAUGACUAUCCAGUCAUAAGCCUUUCUAGAUAACUACCAAUUCAUCCUCACUACUUUGACACUGAAUAAAGUAUGUGCUAGAAAAAUAUCAACUGCAGUGAAACUUUACUACCUAAUGGUUUCCUAUGUAAAUACUCCAUACAAUAUUUAGGUUUCUUUAAAAUAUGCAAUCUGUAUAAUGUAGCUGACCGAUAGCUAGGUUGGUAUACAUAUUAAAAAUGGGAUUUCAUAUGGUAAGUUGUUUUCAUCGAAGGUUAAAAAAAUAAAAAGGUUAUGUGUUUUCUGUA